GAAUUUGAGGGUCUUAUUCCUUUCCUUUUUUUGGAUUUUUUAUUCACAAAGAAGAGGAACAAAGAACUCGAUUGGCUCUCUAGCUCAGUUCUUGGAAUCAUAAAUGGCAUCUGGGUUUUAUUUAUUGGAUCAAACGGUCGAUCAUUUGGAAAAUUGGACCCCAGUUCUUAUCUCAUCAUCUUCUCAAUCGAGUGAUUCGAGUCUUCUCAUCUCAAUGUAAACACCUAAACUGUCCCUGUUGUGUGGGUGAAGAUUGAAGAAGCUUCUUUUCCCAGUUCUCACUUCUCUUGUUGUCCUUCCCUGCUCGCCUCUCUCUCUCUCUCUCUCCUCCUCUGAGAUGCUGUUUGAAUUAGAGCAGGCAAGUGAGCUUUUCUCAUGGACUCCAUCCCCAUAAAUCUCUCACCUCGAAUCUCUGUUUACAGUCGCCUAAGCCCAAUUAUUGUUCAUUCGAACAACAUAUCUGUAUCGUUAUUCAAUGUCAACAAAUUUAAGAAGUACAAGAACUGUUCUAUAUCUGCUUCAUAUAUACCUGAUCAGUGGAGUUUUACCAACAGAUCGAAGAAGGAUUGCCAAAAUAACGGGCCACCCCUUAACCCUUUUUGGUUUUUGCUUCAUCUUGUAAAGGGCAUCAGAGACUUUGCUGCUUCGGUGGAGAAAUGGGCUUCUGGUAUGAGAGGAAUUGGGCAACAGGAGAGAGUGCCGGAGGGAUGGGACGGCGAGUGCUUGCAGUGUGGAGGGAUCGGGGUUGCUCUUAUGAGUGUUACUUCCACGGCCAAGCUUCGUAUCAGUCCUUUCGUGGCGACACUAGCGGCUAACCCAACUUUCGUAUCAGGUCUUUUGGCUUGGAUGAUAGCUCAGUCGACAAAGGUGUUCUUGAACUUUUUUGUGGAGAGGAAAUGGGAUUUUAGGAUUUGUUUUGCUUCUGGUGGUAUGCCUUCCUCUCACUCGGCCUUGUGUACUGCCCUUACGACUUCGGUGGGACUCUGCCAUGGGGUGGCCGACUCACUCUUUCCUGUUUGUUUGGGGUUCAGUCUCAUUGUCAUGUAUGACGCGAUUGGAGUUCGUCGCCACGCUGGGAUGCAAGCAGAGGUCCUUAAUAUGAUCAUUCAGGACUUGUUUCAGGGGCAUCCUAUCAGUAAAAGGAAGCUGAAGGAGUUACUUGGUCACACCCCAUCACAAGUCCUUGCCGGAGCUCUUCUAGGCAUGUUGGUUGCUUGCAUCUGUUGUCAGGUAGCUUAGUUGCUACCUAGGUUGCUGCAGCAGGUACUUCCACAAGAUCUGUAUCAAUGUUGUGAAACUCAAAUUACAUCUCUUGGUUCAAUGGGAUACUUCUGUUGAGCUCAUGUACUUCAUAAUUCUUUUGAGAAUCAAUUAUGUUUUACAAGGUUGACUUC